CGUGCCUGUCCCUCAGUGUAGCUGGAGCUACGAGCUCUGUUCUAGCAGUUUCUCUGACACCGCAUACGUCAUCACGCCGCGCCCGGGAACUGGACUUGUCUUUCUCUAUUUUGCUGUCACAUAAAGUCGGUGUCUUCCCGUAACAACGCGCCAGCGCUAUUACCGACCCCAGUCCGGACUCCCGAGACACCCGCGACCCGGCCAGGCGGCGGUAGUAUAAGGUCCGGUGUGUGCGGCGCCGCCAGACUAGUGUCCGGCAGCAGCGGUGACGUCGCAGUGACGCCGGGGUAUGAGGAAGCGCUGCUGCUGCUGCUAGUGCGGCCUGAGAGUUGCGCCAGCUCCGCCCGAUACACCAGCCGGAGAGCCCGUCACACACAUGCCGCACACAGGCUGCUGCUGAGCCGCCUCCCACCCGCCGCCGCCUCCCCGGGCUCACACCGUCACAUCCCGCCGCCGUAUCAUCACCCCUGUUCCCGGCUGCUUCAUCCUCCUUGGCUGCCGCCGCCUCUCCGUCCUGCUCCAGCCAUGUCCGAUCCCCCCACAUCUCCCGGCGCCCACUCCCCGGCCGCCGCUGCCGCAUCCACCGACUCCCCGCGCAUUAUCAAAGUCACAGUGAAGACGCCGAAGGAGAAGGAAGAGUUCGCGGUGCCGGAGAGCAGUAGCGUCAGGGAGUUCAAAGAGGACAUAUCAAAACGCUUUAAGUCGAAUACAGACCAACUUGUGCUGAUAUUUGCUGGAAAGAUUUUAAAGGACCAGGACACCCUCAGUCAGCAUGGUAUCCAUGAUGGGCUUACCGUUCAUCUUGUCAUCAAAACACAGAACAGAUCGCAGGCCGCUACUUCCACUACUUCUCAGCCUAACAGCCCUGCCAGUCCAGCUUCCACCUCUACAACAUCUAGCAGUACCUCUACUACCACACCUGCCACAAGUACUACUUUUGGUUUAGGGGGUCUUGGAGGCCUGGCAGGGCUAAGUGGUUUAGGCAUGAACGCAUCAAACUUUUCCGAGCUGCAGAGUCAGAUGCAGAGACAGCUCAUGUCCAACCCUGAGAUGAUGGUUCAGAUCAUGGAAAACCCAUUUGUACAGAGUAUGCUGUCUAACCCUGACUUGAUGAGACAGUUGAUUAUGGCCAAUCCCCAAAUGCAGCAAUUAAUCCAGCGAAAUCCUGAAAUCAGUCACAUGCUUAAUAAUCCGGACAUAAUGCGACAAACACUAGAACUUGCCCGAAAUCCAGCAAUGAUGCAGGAGAUGAUGAGAAACCAGGACCGUGCCUUGAGCAAUCUUGAAAGUAUUCCUGGAGGAUACAAUGCCCUGCGCAGAAUGUACACUGACAUUCAAGAGCCAAUGCUUAACGCUGCUCAGGAACAGUUUGGAGGCAACCCAUUUGCUUCACUAAUGAGCAAUGCAGCACCAAAUGCUGGAAAUCAGCCAUCUCGAACAGAAAACAGAGAUCCUUUACCCAAUCCUUGGGCUCCACAGUCCAAUUCUACAGGUUCUCCAUCAACAGGGGAAGGUGUAGAUACCCCAGCUGGGAAUAGCACCACUUCAACACCAAGUUCCACCCUACCAAGCAUGGCUUCUGGUGUAGGAGCUGGGAUGUUUAACACACCAGGUAUGCAGAGCUUGAUGCAGCAAAUUACGGAAAAUCCACAAUUGAUGCAGAAUAUGUUGUCUGCUCCUUACAUGAGAAGCAUGAUGCAGUCUCUUAGCCAGAAUCCAGAACUUGCAGCACAGAUGAUGCAGAAUAACCCACUCUUUGCUGGGAAUCCUCAGCUUCAAGAUCAAAUGCGACAACAGUUGCCAGUUUUCCUACAGCAGAUGCAGAAUCCCGACACAUUAUCAGCGAUGUCAAACCCCAGAGCAAUGCAAGCUUUAUUGCAGAUCCAGCAGGGUUUGCAGACACUGGCCACAGAAGCUCCAACACUAAUUCCUGGUGGUCCUGGUAUUGUAGGCCCUGCCAACCCAGCUCCUGCACCUGUGCCUACCCCUGGAUCAACUGAAAACACAAGUCCUUUGUCUGGGAUCUCUGAACCUGGUCACCAGCAGUUUGUACAGCAAAUGCUUCAGGCCCUAUCUGGUGCUAAUUCUCAGAUUCAGAAUCCAGAAGUAAGAUUUCAGCAGCAACUAGAACAGCUCAGUGCAAUGGGAUUUCUAAACAGAGAAGCAAAUUUACAGGCUUUAAUAGCAACUGGAGGAGACAUCAAUGCAGCUAUCGAACGACUACUGGGAUCUCAACCGUCAUAGCAAACCUUUCCAUCCCAGAAAAAAGUGUAAUUUAUUUUUGAUAAUGGCUUUUAAGUCUCGAUAAAACACCUGCUUUAUUUCAGUUUGACUCCUGGAAUUCCUUGUCAUUACAAACUAAUGAAGCAUAUAAGUUUGGAUGAAGUGCAGUAGUUUAUCUGAAACUGUGGGAAUCGAAGCUUUUUGAUUUGACCGUGUUGCAUGUAUCACAGACCACCUCUUCCCCACGCACUGCAUUGCUUGUGGUUUUUGCAAUGAAUAGCUUCUGCAGUUGGUUAACAGGUCUCAACAAACCUUUUCCUCUUUCAAAAGAAAUUUGCUUUAAAUCAAUAGACUUUAGUAGUAAUUUAUGUAGAAUACAAAUAAAAAAAAACUUUACAGGAAGUAAAACAAAAUAAGGUUAUAAUUAGUGAUCCAAUAUCGCUCUUUGUGACUUUAGCAUGUAUUUUUGUUAGCAUUAUGCUGUAAGAUUCAUACUGCUUAAUUUUCAUUUAGCAUUACAUUUUUUCCUUCAUCUUUAUGUAAACAUAAUGAUUUUGCUACAAUAGGUUUGAAGCAGUCAUGACGGCACACCCACACACGGAUAAGGGGACACAUUGUAAUUAGGGAAAUGGGGAGUAGCAAGCCAUGUAACAUAAAUGUGGGCAGAGACUCAAUGUAGUGGCAUUGUUAUGGAACCGUUAAUAACUUCCAUUCCAGUAGGAACACUUUAGAGAACAUAAUCUGAAGGUCUUCAUCAGUAAUAAGCCCUUCUUGUUGUGGCUUAAUUUCUUUGUGACCAUGUAAAGUUAAAUUGCACACAGAGCUCUACCAAUCAUGUUUCUGAAGUAGCGCCAGUUUGUAUUUACCAGGCAGAUAACAACACAGUCCAGUUCUGUUCCAUGUGGUGCUUGAUUUCAGGAUGGUAGAAAGUGUCAUGUGAUCUUCUGAUUUUUAACCACAUUGUACAAACAGAUUAUCUUGUUUUUAUCAGUAGUACUCUCUCUCCUGUGCACAGGUAAUAAAUAAAUGCCAACAAUGA